AUGAUAAAAGACCACUCGGACAAGUGGAUAAUCAUAGGCGUGUCAGGAGUAACAUGUGGUGGAAAGACGACUUUAGCGAAUCAAUUGAAGGAUAGACUGGCCCCUGUUUAUGUUUUCCAUCAGGAUAAAUACUUCUACCCAGAUGACAGUCCUCAUCAUGUGAAAUGCAAGGGACUAGAGCAUAACAACUAUGACAUACUCACAUCCUUGGACAUGGAUGGAAUGUACAGAGAUAUAAUAGCAACAAUCAAAGGAGAGGACAAGUCUCAUGCCUCGUUUAAACAAAGGGAAGAAGGAAGACUUGUAGUAGAAGACAAGAGUUUUAUUAUCGUUGAAGGAUUUACAGUGCUAAAUUAUGAACCCAUAUCAAGCAUUUGCAAUUUAAGGUACUACUUUGUUUUGGAGUAUGAGGAGUGCGUGUCUCGGAGGUCAUACCGGCUUUACGACCCCCCCGACAUCGACGGCUACUUUGACCAGUGCGUUUGGCCCGAGCACCUCAAGUAUAAAGCGGAGAUCGAGCGAGACAAGCGGGUGAGCAUCGUGGAUGGAACGCGCCACGACGCCUUACAGCUGGUCCUGAGUGAUCUUAGACGCCUCGCACCACUGACUCACCACAGCCCCACUACUGCCCCACCACAGCUCCACCAC